AUGGUCCUUAACAUGACUGCUUCGCUCGCUGUGGCUAUUAAUCUGCUCCCGCCUGGCAGCCCCCUCUUUCCGGACGAGAAAAUUGAAGUUUGCACAGAGGACGGGAUGUUUGCGCUCGUAAAAGAGUUUCCGUCACACUUUGAAACUGUACAGCACAGAUUGCUACCGCUCCAAGCAACACCGGAGACACACCGGGAAACACAGCCGGCUCAGCGGACGCAACGAUCUGCUAAGUCGACCCACCCCGAGUUGGGCCACCCCCUGUCUUGGGCCACCCCACAGAACCUUCUCGUUUCCGGCACCCGCUAA